AAAGUGACCAGUUGUUAGAUCCUUUAUUACAGCGUCCAAAUAUAGUCUGCUAAUAAUAGUCUAACCUCACAAGCCUUCAUGUUUUCUGUCCUGAAACUCUGCAGUGAAGCUAAGGAGGACGUGUGCUUGGCUUACACAUUUAUAUUCAUCAAGCUUUGGUCAACCUUCUUUUGAUCAGAAUGGGGGACUUCCAGCAGUUUGAGCAAGACUUCUACCAAACAGGAUAUUACAUCGAUGAUCAGGGACGUGCUGUGGCCUAUUAUGACACUGAUGGGGGACAAGAUGCUAUGCCGAAUAUUCAAAAUCCUUUCAUGGAGCAGCAGUACCCUGGAGAAAUCUACCAACCAACUAUGCAAGCCACAUCUUUUAGCAGCACUGGAUCAGAGUCUCCAGAGGAGGAACCUCCUCUUCUUGUUGAACUUGGAAUUGAUUUUGAUCACAUGUGGCAGAAGACACUCACAGUUCUAAACCCUUUAAAGCCUGCAGACGGCAGCAUAAUGAAUGAGACAGAUUUGACAGGUCCUAUCCUCUUCUGCAUUGCUCUGGGUGUCACUUUAAUGAUGGCAGGUAAAGUUCACUUUGGCUACGUCUAUGGGAUCAGUGCCAUUGCCUGCAUCGGGAUGUACAUUCUGCUGAGUCUGAUGAGCUCUUUAGCUGUUUCUUACGGCUGUGUGGCUAGUGUCCUGGGGUACUGCCUCCUACCUAUCGUGGUCCUCUCCACAUUUGCUGUCUUCUUCUCCUUGCAAGGCUUCCUUGGAACAGUCCUUGCUCUGCUUGCCAUUUGUUGGUGCAGCUUCUCAGCCUCUAAGAUCUUCAUCUCCACCCUUGCAAUGCAGGAGCAGCAGAUGUUGGUGUUUUACCCAUGUUCCCUGCUGUAUGGACUCUUCACGCUGCUCACUGUCUUUUAACUUCCACCUGAUGAAACCAAACUCCUGCAUGUCAUGUAGUUAUUUUUUCACGUUUAAAAAUAUUCCUUUUUUUAAUUAUUUGCUUUAGAGCUGUUUGUGGGCACAAUCAUUUAAAAUACUUUUUCAACUAAUUUAAGAGAUUUUAUUUUAAGAGUAAAACUGGUAUUUAUCAUGCCUCAUUGACAAGCUUUGAGGAUAAAAAGUCCAUAGUUCUUUCUCCAA